AUGGCAAUUCCUAAAAAUAUUUUUCUUGUUAUUAUUGGUUUUUUGGCUACUUUCUCUAUAGUUUUGGCUAAACCAGGAAUUGCAUCAUUUUAUAAUAGUAGCUAUGUUCCGUCAAAGUGUUAUGGAACCAAACCACAAGGUGACAUGGUAGCAAAAGUUGGUUCUAAAUCUUUAUGGGAUGAUGGUGCCAUUUGUGGAAAAAAAUUUAAUGUGACAUGUACUGGAGAAACAAAUAAAUAUUUGUUACAUCCUUGUACUGGUAAAAGUGUUGUGGUGAAGAUUGUUGAUUAUUGUCCUGAAUGUACUGCUGAUGCAACUUUUUAUCUUCCUGAAAAAGCUUUUGAAACUAUUUCUAUGGUUAUGGCUUUCGAAGUCAAGAUCGAUUACGUCCAGUAA